AUGACUCUAAUCAUCGAUGCUUUAGAUCAAUGCAGCGAAUGCCACGACAGAGAUCUUCUUGCGCUCACACUAUCAGCUAUCUCGACGAAUGCCGACCAUUCAGUUAUACUGACAUCCAGAGAGCAGCCAACCAUAGGAAAUACGUACCUGAUCGAAUUGACGGCUGAUAAAACAAUUUCGGACAUUGAACUUUAUGCAAAACAAGAGAUCUCGCGAUCCCCACAACUACAGAAGAUCCAGCACGAGAUCAUGAAUCGAAUCGAGCGAGAUAGCCUAGGAAGUUUUCUCUGGGUGCAUCUACUCUUGAGCCACAUUCGGCAGGGCCCCAGUCUUCAGACCCGCCGGCGGCGACUAGAAACCUUCCCAACUGAACUUGAACGAGUCUACAAAGAGGUCAUUAGGGACAGUGCUGAAAGGUUCGACGUGCAUGAUCAAAAUCGGCAGACGCUCAUUCUCAGGGUGCUUGCUGCAGCGCGGUCGUGUCUGACCCUUCAGACCCUAUUUGUAAUCAUUGAUGAUGGUGGUGACGAUGACGACGAGGUCACGGAAUCCUCGCGCAGCGACGAGGACUUGGCGGGGGAUGCUAUUGCAUUGUGCUCUUCGCUAGUCCGAGUUCGAGGGUCUUGUGUGGGGCUCACUCACCGCACCCUCAAGGAUUACAUUUACAAGGACGCAAGGUCGGAGGAUCCUGACCUGUUUCUGGCCAAGAAAUGCCUUGAGAAACUGACCAGCAAAAUGUACCAGUCUUGGAAGGUUGCAUUACGGCUGCUGCGGAAGCAUCUGUUGCCGCCUCACAUGCUCACAGAUGGUGACGACGAUCUACCAUUUAAAGAAUCAGUGUUUUACGAGUAUGCAGUCCUUCAUUGGCACGAGCACGUGUCGGCGCUUCGGAUGCCUCCAGACAAUGUCCUUGAUUUACUUUCUCGAUUUUUACGAGGAAUUGAGGGUGUCACUUGGUCAGAAAGCCUGUUUGAGGCGAGACAAAAGAGCGGCAUUGCCUCACAACUGGUGGUCCAAACUUUGCUUAAGACCUGGUAUGACGGCCUCGACGAGGGCACCCAACAGAAGAUUCCCAUCAAAGACUAUUUUAUCAAGCCACAUGAAAGACUGCAAAAAGAGUUGGAGGAGAAUGCAGAAGAUAACGUGGCCCCCUAUCUCCCAUUCAUGCGGCUCGGGCAAUUUUUCAAUCUCGGAGGCCGGUCGCAGGAGGACUGGCAGAAAGGCUUCUUAUACAAGCAGGCGGUGGCGGCAGGAUUCGAAAGUAGUUUGGGUGCUCGACAUCCGCUGACCCUCCGGACGAAAACAAGCAUGCUCCAAGAGUUCUUUUGGCAAAGGCGAUUCGAAGAGGCAGAGAAAGAGCUGUUAAAGGUUGCAUCCGUGCAAAGAGAAAUUUAUGACCAGGACAACGUUGAUCUUUAUGUUACUAUUCAAUUACUAGGCUACGCACAAUACUCUUGUGCAAAGUUCGAUGAGGCCACGGUAAGCCUUGGUGAGACCGAGGAGGCUUUUAAACGCUUGGAGGGUGGAAAUUCCAUGAAUGGUCUGGUGACAAGACUUUAUCAAGGGUACGUGCUGGAAAAACAGGGAAACCUGGACGCGGCGCGAACGAAUUAUGAUACAAUACUCACUGAAUGGACUCCGAUCGGGGGCGAUGCUCAUCCUCUAUCGAUCAUGGCGCGAACGGCACUGGGCAUGGUUUGCCGUAAAUUGGAGGAUUAUCCAACAGCGGAACGAGCUCUGCUGGAUGCUUGGAGGCAGAGACGAAGAAUCUUCGGCGACGACCUGAAUCUGACCGUCGAUACUGUCCUGUCUCUAGCCCUCGAAUAUCGAGACACGGCAGAGCUGGAUGAUGCCAACAAAACUCUAGAGGCGAUCAGAUCUUCCAAGAUAUUGGUAACCGAUUUUGAGCGGACAUGUCAGUGGCAGUACAUCACGUCCCUAAUAGAUUUCGACCGUGGAUCCUAUGACCGACCUAGGAUGGCUCUUCAAAAGCUCAUUGAUCAGAGUACCGGUAUCAGCAGGGAGAAAAACAAUAGAUCGCUGCUCUGGAUCCGCUUAACACUGGCAACUGUGCUGCGACAACACAAACAUCCAGGCGAAGCUGCAGCAUUGUUCAGCGAGAUUGUGGAGCCAAUGGAUGAGGCGGAGAGAUGCUUCGCGUUUGUACCGGAACCACCUGAAAGGUUAGCCAUUGCGGAACAAGCGUUACGGCUUGUGCAGAAGACUCGGCAAGCUGAGGCUAACGCACUUCUCUGUGCAAACAAACUCCAAUGGGUCCGUGAAAGGGAUUUCGAUAUCUUGCAAGGGGGUCCAGUCACCGAUAUAGCUGUUGUUAAGCCGGUUGUGACGAUUGUAACUGAAUCCUAG